AUGCAUUCGUUUGCCACCACCGCCGCUCUCCUCCUCGGGAGCAUGGCGGGCAGGGCACUGGCGGCCACCGCUGUCAUCCCCGCUGACGUCCCCUUCGCCACCCCGUGGGUCGCCGUCAAGGUGCCUGCGGACUACGUGGGGGACGACGACGACGCCACCAACGCGACGGAGAUCGCGGAGCUGAGGCGGCGCGACAUCCGCGGCGCGCUGCCGGUCCGCGCGCUCGCCAUCGAGCACAAGUUCCAGCCCGUGCUGGACUUUGACAAGGACGGCUGCUACUACACGUCCGCCAUCGACCCCAACGGGAACAGGAACCCGGGCCUGGGGCCCGGCCAGGGUGUCCCGCCCAACUGCCUCAGGUCCACCUGCCGCGACCCCAACCGCCUGCAGAACAGCAACGUUUACAGCCGGGCGCGCUGCAACAACGGCUGGUGUGCCAUCAUGUACGAAUACUACUUCGAAAAGGACCAGGUCGUUUGCGGCAGCUUCGUCGGCGGCCACCGGCACGACUGGGAAAACAUCGUGGUCUUCGUGCGGGACAACCAGGUAAAGCGCGUGGCGCCUUCGUGCCACGCCGAGUACAAAAAGGCGACCAACUCGCCGCGCCUGGAGGGGCAGAGCGCAAAGGUCGUGUACCACAAGGACGGCGCGCGCACGCACUGCUUCCGCUGGGCGACGGCCGCCGACGACAAGAUCGAGAACUACACGGGCAAGUGGUUCCACGGCAAGCUCGUCGGCUGGCUCGGCUGGCCCAGCGUCGGGCUUCGCGACAAGGCCAUGAAGCCCUACGACGGGCCCAACGCCAAGUUGCCAGACGGGCUGUUUAAGGAGUACCUGGGCAGGGCGGCCGGCGACCAGGUGCCUGGGUUCAAGCCUGACGUCGACGGUCCGAUUCCCAACUGGGCCUAG